CGCCUAUAAAUAAAGCGUCCUCGUUGUACACGGGCAGUGAGCUGAAGACAAACACCAUCAUUUACCAGCUGACAUCAGUACAACACAGAACACAGAGAAAAAUGACAGGACUGUUGUUGCUGAGUUUGUUGCCAGCCUUGGCAAGUGCGCGGUUUGGGGUAGCGGGUGGUAGAGUGGACGUCACCCCGGACUUCGACUACGCACCGGUGGCCUUUGCUGUGCAGGCUAUCAACGACAAGUUCCUUCGUGAUGGAGACACAGCCCCCCGCCAGCUGGCAGAGAUCGUCAGUGCCCAGUCACAGGUUGUUGCUGGACAGAAGCUGUAUCUUACCUUGCGUCUCACAGGAGCUGAACUGGACGACUACUGUAAGGUUGACGUGUGGUUCCGCGCGUGGCUGAACAACACCGACCGCCUCAUCAUCACCAGCGGCCCCACGUGCUCCAAGACUCGAAGCAGACGAGAAUUACUCGGCGGCAUCAGCAACCCUAAUUAUCUGAAGAACAGUCUCGACAAGGAGGUGUUCGAUGCCCUCAACUUCGCUGUCUGCGCCAUUAACGACGCCAGCAACGACCUGUUCUUCUCAAAACUUGGAGACACGUCCGGUGUGACGUACACACAACAGGUGACUUCAGGGAUGACCUACCGCUUUUACAAGGUGCCCCUUCUGACGUCAUCAUGCAGGAAGCAAGCCAACAGUUGCCAAGAGACCGACCUCUCGACCUGUGAGGUUUCUGAUAACGCCAGGACCACAGUCUGCACGUUGACUGUCCAGUCUCAGCCAUGGCUGACUCCUGCUUACACCUUAUCGGAAAAUAAUUGCAAGAAAAUGCGAUUCCCAAACAAGGGAAUGUAGUCAGAGAGUGGUGGACACCAAUGAAGUCAACAAGAUCAGCAUUCACUUUUGCUCUAUUUUUUUCUUCACCACAGUUGUAAGAAGAAGACAUAAAUGGCUGGUCUUUUGAUAAUGAUGAUAUUGUUGAUUUAAGUAUGUCUUCAGCUUUAUUUUGCGAGGCCAUGUUGACGCAUGUCGGUACUGUCUUGUCACGAGGUGAUCUUAGGAAUAAAGAAAAGAAGAAAAAAUGG